AUGAUGAACAACCAGCUAGCCAACGACUCCAAUUUUCAGUUUAAGGUUGAACCAAUGUCGUUUGGACUACCAAAGGGAUAUAAUGUAAGUACUCACGAUGGUCAGACGUUGGGGCAGCAGGUUUUGGGACAACAUGUCAUGGGACAGCAGAUGAUGGGCCAGCAGGGUAUGGGCCAGCAGGUUUUGGGACAACAGGUUUUGGUCCAACAACAAGGAGGUAAAAGUCAAUACAAGGAGUUUGAGCAGCCACGAUACUAUGGAUCGUCGAUGGUGGUGCAGCUGCCGUAUGUGCAGGGUGGUGGCCAGACCACUGGCCAGCCUGGAGGGCAGUUAGGAGGUCAAUUAGGGGGCCUGAUGGGUGGACAGGGUGCACAUGGAACACCUUAUAUGAAUCAGACGAUUCUGUAUCCAACACAACAGCAGAUGUACGAACCGAGGCCCAUGAAUAGCUAUUUGUUGAUACACCAGGGCCAGGAUCAGGGACAGGUUGCAGCCAGCUUCUACGGGGCUGCUCGCACAAGAGGACCCUCCGAACAGCCGGUGGUAUACGAAGGAUUCAUUGAGAGACUCCAGCAGCUGUUACCAGUGCCACCGAUGUCGCAGGCUAUGAUUCGUCCCGAGAUCAACUUGCAGCUCAACCAAAAGCGGCCGAGACGUAAAUCAAAAUUCUCGAAGAAACAGGAUGACUUGAUUGUCGAGUUGAAGCGUAAAGGCAAGACGUGGGUGGAGAUCGCCGAGAUGUCGGGUGUGGGCAGCUAUCUUGCGGCCAGAAAUCGUUACCAGGUCAUUGUGGGACAGCAGGGGAAUAAUAAUUCUUCGUCAUGGGGAAAUGAAGACAAGUCGCUCUUGCGCAAGCUCUUGGACGAAGCUGAAGUUGAAAAGUGGAAGUUUAUUGCGGCAGAAUUGACCAAGGCCACGGGCAAGCCGUUUUCUGACAGAGAGUGUCGUGAGACGGUGAGAAUGUUGUUUUGGGCAGACCCAGUAUCGUUUGGUGUGAGCGAGGAAACUGUGAACGAAUGCUUCAAGGAAAAAAAGGUCACCGAAAGGGCGAACGAACUGCAGCUGUACAUCGAUAAUGAACGUCAGUACGCCCAGCCCUUUUUCUCGCAGCCGUCUUCUGCUACCAAUGCAUCCAACACUUCGAAUUCCUCCAGCACGCUGUCAAACCCUCCGGCACCAGCACUACACCUGUAUCAUAGCUACAAUUCUAAAUCGUCCCCCGAGUCGAUCGACAAUUACGCCGGUAACUACUACUAG